AUGGAAUCAUUUAAUUCAAUUUCUCCGAACAAAAUAGAUAAUGUUACAACUGAGAAAACGAUUUCACAAGAUGUAAAAACAGUUGAAUCACCCAAAUUUACUGAUUCACUUUUUAAAAAUCAAUUUUUUUCCGCUGGAUUGGGAUUAGCUGGUUUAGGAAUGCUUGCUAAUAUUGGAAGGAGAAGCUUAAUUUUAUUUAAUGCUUAUUUUAGAAGAAGAUUUAUGACAAGUUUGACGUUAAAUAAUGAAGAUUUAGCUUAUCCUUGGGUACUAAAUUAUAUAAACAAAAAAAGUGCAACAAAGACAAGAAAUUUAACGGUAAAUUCUGUUGUGAAUCAAUCUGAAAGUGGAAAAACAUCAACAGAAUUUUAUUUUUUACCUGGCCAUGGUAUACAUUAUUUUAAACAUAACAGAAGAUGGAUACAAGUUGAUAGACAACGUGAAAAACAAGUUAUUUCUAAUAAUAAUAAAAGAACGCCUUUGGAAACAGUUACAUUAACGACUAUUGGUACAGAUGUUGGAUUUUGGAGAAAUUUUCUUGCUGAAGCUACAGAAGAAGCUUUAUCUAAUGUAGAAACAGGACUCGUUGUAUAUAAUGCUGUUGGUCCAGACUGGAGAAGAUUUGGACCAGCAAGAAGAAAACGUCCACUUGAUUCAGUCAUACUUGAAGAUAAUUUAUCGAAGAAAAUACAUGAUGACUUGGAAGAAUUUAUUAAAUCUGGAAGUUGGUAUACUGAUCGUGGUAUUCCAUAUCGUCGCGGCUAUCUUUUAUAUGGUCCACCAGGUUCUGGUAAAAGUUCCUAUAUUAGCGCUUUAGCGGGACAUUUUGGAUACAGUAUAUCUCCAUCUAAUAGUAUUAUUCUAUUAGAAGAUAUUGAUGCAGCAUUUCAAUCAAGGGAAGAUCCAAUGCAAAAUCAUAGAGCUUAUGAUGGAAUGACUCGUGUUACAUUUUCUGGAUUAUUAAAUGCAAUAGAUGGUGUCGCAUGUGCUGAAGAAAGAAUACUUUUUAUGACAACCAAUCAUUUAGAUCGUCUUGAUCCAGCUUUAAUAAGACCUGGUCGUGUUGAUAUGAAGGAAUAUUUUGGAUAUUGUACUCCAAAAAUGGUAGAACAAUUGUUUGAUAGAUUUUAUGGUCCUAUGGCUUCAACAGAAAAUAGAACUAAAUUUGUUGAAAUCGUGGGAAAGUUUUCUGGAAGUAUAUCACCUGCACAGAUACAGGGAUUAUUACUUAUGUUUAAAAAUAAACCGAAAGAAGCCAUAGAAUAUUUAGUAAAUACUUUAGAAAAUAAAAAUGAUUUAAAUUAA